AUGGGAGCAACCUUCUGGAAGGUAUUCGCAUUGUGUUCGGCAGCUGUUGUGGGAGGACUUUUCGGAAUGAAACAUCAGUACGAAUUGGAAGAAGAAUGGGCCAAAAAGUUCUCUCAUCGGGUGAGGCUGGAAUUGGAGAAGGAGAUUGAGGAGGAAGGAAUUGUGGAAAAGAUGUUGGAGAUGGAAAAAGAGAAUAGUUUAGCUAAAACCAUGAAUAAUAAUAAUGGUUCGGAUCAUGAUGAUAAUAGUGCCAAAACAAAAUAA